AUGGCUCCCGCCGCUACUCUGGACGUUCAAGUCCAGCCCUCGAAUGGGGAACCCUCACGCACGCUCCCGAAACCUCAGAAAGAAAUGACCAAAGCCGAGCGGCGUGAACUGCAAGAGAGACAGCGAGCAGCGAAGGCCACAAAACAGGCUGCUGUACCGAAUGGUGUAAACGGGAAAACCGCAAACAACAAGAAGCCCACUGAAGUAACCCAGCCCUCGAACGUUCCCGCACAACGGAAGGAGCGGAGGGCGAGCAGAGCUGCAGACACUGCUCGGCCGACACCCGCACCCGUGAACAAGCCCCUUCAGAAGGUGCCACUGGUUGCUGCGGCUGAUGCCUCAGUCGAGAAAGCUCGCGGCCUACGGAUAUUCGCGCAUUUUGGUUUGCCCAAACCCGCGAGUAUUGCCAAAGGCGAGAUUCACCCGACAAUCGUGCGGCUCGCCUUGCAGUUCUCAAAUUUCAAGAUCACGGGCGCAAACGCACGCUGUAUCGCCACAUUGACGGCGUUCAAAACGGUAAUUCAGGAUUAUUCAACUCCCCCACACACCACACUCUCAAGACAUCUUAUGACCCAUCUGUCGCCGCAAAUCAGUCAUCUCGUCGCUGCGAGACCCAUGGCUAUAACCAUGGGCAACGCCAUUCGCCAGCUAAAGCUGGAGAUCAGCGGGUCCGAUAUUGAUCUCCCUGAGCAAGAUGCAAAAAAUGCUCUUUGCAGUAAAAUCGAUCACUAUAUCCGGGACCGGAUCAUUAUGGCAGACCAGGUCAUACAAGAGACCGCGGGGAGCAAAAUCAAGGAUGGUGAUGUCAUCCUGACCUAUGCAAGAUCAUCAGUCGUCGAGAAGGUGUUACUUGACGCGCACACGGAGGGGCGGGACUUCUCGGUGAUUAUCGUAGAUUCAAGACCAAUGCUUGAAGGCAAACGAUUAUUAUCCAUUCUAUCCGCAGCCGGCAUCCAAUGCACAUAUCUCCUCUUACCGGCUCUAGGCUCGGUCAUCAAUGAGGUGUCAACGGUUCUUGUUGGGGCGCACUCAAUACACUCCAAUGGCUCUGUAUUCUCGCGUGCGGGAACGGCCUUGGUGGCCAUGAUGGCGAAGCGGCAUUCAGUACCAGUCGUUGUAUGUUGCGAGACGUACAAAUUUUCGGAAGGCGUGCAGUUGGACAGUUUUACCAAGAACGAGCUAGCACCGAUCGGGGACAUGUUUUCCUCGUUCCCCCUAACCAAGCCGCGGGACGCAUUAACGUUGCAGAAUCGACCAAAUCUAGAGAUCCUCAACCCGCUUUACGACCUUACUCCCCCGUCAUGUAUCACCGCUGUCGUCACUGAGGUCGGCGUCAUCCCGCCAAAUUCCAUCAGUUCUAUACCAUUAGCAUUAGGCCGGUUGCUUUGACGCAUCGGUGUCUGUAUCGUGUUGCGAUCCCUGCCCUUUACGCAUUGUUGCAUUUGCUAUCAUUGGACGAUUGCAUGUUGUGCAUUAUCAUUACCAUACCGUAUAUCAUCAUGUAGUUCUAAAUGCUUUU